UUGAACACCAAAUAGUGUGGACGUGUUGCACCAGUUCUUAGUUACUUCUAUUCGCAAAUAGACGCCAAAAAUGCGUGCAAAUUUCUACUUCCUCCUCGCCUUUUGUUACCUUUCAAAUGCCAUAAGCACAGACCCAAUCGUUCUUGUACACGGCGGUGCAGGCGCAAUCAAAGAUUCCGAUGUUCCAGUAGCUUUGACUGCCGUCAAAGUGGCAGCUCGUGUCGGCUAUGAGACACUCAAAUGCGGUGGCAGCGUCCUGGAUGCCGUACAGGAAGCGGUUCGUUCGAUGGAGAUGAAUCCACAAUUAAAUUCCGGUUAUGGUUCUGUGCUCAACUGGGAAGGCAAAGUCGAAAUGGAUGCAGCGAUCAUGAACGGUGCAGACUUGGAUGCCGGUUGUGUGUCGGUAGUGCGAGACAUUUAUCACCCUAUCGAUUUGGCACGCCGUGUCAUGGAGAAAACUCGUCACAAGUAUCUAUCCGGCGAGGGAGCAAUGCUAUUCGCUGAGGAACAGAAUUUCCAAAUACUAGACGAAGGCGCUUUGGUAACCAACAAAUCACUGAAAGCACUCGAAGACUAUAAAAACAGUUUGAAUGCAACAACACAGACUCGCACGGACGCAGACUGUUCAGUUGGCCUAGAAAAUUCAAUACCGUCUUCUGUCUUGAAUACGUUCCUCAACGAAUACGGCUCACCUGGAACGGUGGGUGCUGUAGCGAUAGAUGAAUUUGGAAAUUUAGCAGCAGCAACGUCUACAGGUGGUAUGACAGGUAAAAUGCCGGGACGAGUUGGCGAUUCUCCGUUAUUGGGAGCUGGCACUUAUGCUGAUAACGAAGUGGGCGCUAUAUCGGCAACUGGCCAUGGUGAGACUAUAAUGCGUUACAAUUUAGCUUCACGCAUUUUAGCUUUAAUCAAAUUUGAGAAUAUGACAGCAAACGAGGCGACCUCACAAGCCUUAAACGAUAUGACAGUCCGUUUUAGGGAGACAGCCGGCGUAAUAAGCAUUGAUAGAUCUGGCAAUCUGGGUAUUAACUUUACAUCAAAUCGUAUGAGUUGGGCCUAUCAACGUGACGAAGAACUGCAUUACGGCGUUGAUAGGGAUGAAGAUAAUGUCGAUAUAGUCGGUGAACCACGUUUGAGUGCUCUAGACUUGUGCGUUUAAGAUGCUGCUAACUAUAAUGGGCAUAUUGCAGAUUUACUCAAGCUACUUAAUAAAAAUCGUAUAU